UACUACUCGGGUACUCUCAUUUCUCCGAGCACCACAGAAGACCGACUGGUGAACAACAGAAGAUCGAACUCCGAUAUAGAUUAGAAACUGAGAAGUGAAGUGAUAUUUAGAGCCAAAACAACCAUCACUGCCUUUGAUACAAGUGUUAAACCGUGCGUAAUUACGAGUGUAUAUAUAUAUAUAUAUAUAUAGGCUAUAUAUAGAAAUCAAACAAUGAAUGCCACAACAGCAAUGGAAGUCAACAUCGAAGCCAGGCGGAUACUGGCCGUGUCGAUAAGUAAGCUGUACGCCUCUCGGACUCAGAGAGGGGGACUGAGGCUCCACCGGAGCCUCCUGCUGUCCUUGGUCAUGAAGUCUGCCCGGGACAUCUACCACUCCUCCCGGGAGAGCGAGGCGCCGAGCGGAGGGCUGUCAGCUCCGGAGGAGGCGAUGGACACCAGCUCCAGCCCGGUGCUGCCGGAGCCGCAGCCGGAGCCCCUGUCGGACAGAAACUCCUCAGAGACUGCCACAGAGGAGUCGGACAGUAAGGUGGAUGACUAUGAUUUUGACAUUGUCGAAGAAAAAGAGAACCUGAGCCCGGCGAGGCAGUCCAGGAAACGCCGGGGCAAAGCGUCGGCGGCGCCCGACUUCCUUCCCAGCAAGAGGGCGAGGCUAGAGCCCGGGGAGGAGAGGUAUGACGCUCCGUUGGCCAGCUGUCGCGUCGGGGCUGGAGAGUCCCUGGCCACUUUGUCUCUGAAUCAAGUCAUACCUGCCUUCUGAAAGAAAGAGACAAACUAGCCUCUUGUUGGACUGUUUGAAAUCGAGUGAUUGUCAACUCCGUGUAAGCGCCGAGCUGACCUACAUCAGCAGUCCCGGGACAAAGGGAUUACAGGUGCCACGGAAGGAGUUGUCGGCCAAACUCGGUGCGCCUGCCGGGGCAGGUAAAAGCCCCGAAGAAAGACGGAGAAAGAGAACGAGGAAGGAGGCCAGAGGUCUGGAAAGUUUGAGGAAGAAACUGAAGGGGGGGGAAGUUGUGGUUUGCGAUGCCUCUUGUUUCCCUAUGACUCAUCUUCAGUUCAAUGACUCCAAAACAAGUGGCAGCUGCUGAGUCAGACCGUGUGUUUGUGAAUCAGCAGCAGCAGCAGGGUGCUCAUCAGAAGAAGCAGAAGCGGUGAGCCGCUGACCACAGGUCGACCCGUGCAGAAACGCAAGAGGCCAGACCCGAAAUUCAGGGAAUUUCUCCCCCCCUGCCUUCAUGACGGGAAACCCAACGCGAACACUGAAAGAGGAAGGGCAGCCGAGGCUCAUUCAGCUGCUCUUGUGGACUUCGUGAAACCAAUACUACUGCUGCUGGACUGUCCUACAUCCUGCAUUCAUAUGGUGCUCUAACAAACCGGGCUCGUGCACGUCGGACUUUCAACACGUGACCCCGUUUGGACAUUUUUUUUAUUUUGUUUUUACUGUGAUUCAUCUUGCUCAUGUCUGACCCUUGAAAUACCAUGACCUCACAUGUCAAGCUGCUUCAUAAUUAUGUGAUGAAAUCAAUGUUUAUGUUUUGUAAUAAACUUGUCGAAAGACUAACCGUC